AUGGCUAUAAACUACUUGAUCCUGCUCUCUAGGCAGGGUAAGGUGCGUCUUGCCAAAUGGUUCACCACCUUAUCCCCCAAGGACAAGGCGAAGAUUGUCAAGGACGUCUCUCAACUCGUUCUCGCUCGACGAACUCGCAUGUGCAACUUUCUCGAGUACAAAGAUACGAAAAUCGUCUACCGUCGUUAUGCUUCCCUAUUCUUCAUCGCCGGUUGCUCCUCCGAUGACAACGAAUUGAUUACCCUCGAAAUUAUCCACCGAUAUGUCGAACAAAUGGACAAAUACUAUGGCAACGUCUGCGAGCUUGAUAUUAUCUUUUCUUUCACCAAGGCCUACUACAUUCUAGAUGAAAUAUUGUUGGCAGGAGAGCUCCAGGAGAGCAGCAAGAAGAAUGUCUUGCGUUGUAUAGGACAGCAAGACUCUCUUGAAGAUAUGGAGUUUCUACCAAUUCAAGAGUUCGCCGGUAUCACCUCCGCGCUGAACUUCCGCACGGCUGAAUGUCGCGUUAAGGGUGCUUGCGAACUUUACACCACUAAAGCUGCUGGGUCCGACAAGAAACUCUACAAGACGAUCGACGUAACUCUCGAAGAACAACAUGCUGCGCUUCUCAAACUAGGCGAAUCGUUAUCUCUACCGCAUAAAAAGGAUAUAAUCGACUCGAUGAAUCUAUCGCGCUCUAGUCCCUUCGGUAGUUUAAAUGAAGCAUCAAAUCGCCGUACCUUCGCAUACCUUAUCGCAACACUGAAUGCGAGUCAUCCCGAUUACGACUUCUCCCACGUCCUGCGCCCGACCGACUUCCGACGAAUGCGCAAUCUACAAUACGUCAUGGCUAACGUCGACAAUACUCUCAACAACGUAAGACCAUUCUCCACAUCGGUUCUAUCGGCCGAUGGAAACUCGUCGUAUCGCUCUUACAGCAGCUCUCCGGCAACGAGCUUUACAAUAGGCGGCGACAUAGUGAGUAGUCCUUCAUGGAGCCCACACAUGUGGACCAUGAUUGAUAAGGAGAUGACUCUAAGGGACUGUAUGAUAUUUUCGUACGAACCCGCUGAGGAACCCUUUGAUGGAGAUGAAUCUGCUAUCUGGCGCAUACAUUACCUCUUCUUUAACAAGAACAAGAAGCGAGUCGCAUAUCUGUACGUCAGGGGCCUACCGAUCCUUGUCAACUCGCCCGCACUCGCACCCCAUCGACGCGGUAGUAAUGGCCUGUCGAAACGCUAUGCGACGCCGCUAUCGAGUAGUUGGGGUCCGAACAAGCGCGCUAAGUUUUGGCUGGGUGAUCAACUUGCGAAUCGAAUAGUAAUCGAUGAGGAUGAUGAGGAAUACUUUGACGAAGACGAUAUGAUACCGUACAAUUCAGAUGAAGAUAUCGAUAUCGAUCCCCUUAACGACCCCUCUUCCGAAGAGGAAGAGAGUGAUGAUUACGACGAUGACGAAGAAGAGGAAGAAGAGACCGACGAGAGCGAAGACGAUAAGGUGGCUUACUCCGUUAGAGGUGUGAGUGAGGACAUCGCCAUGAGAAUGGAGGUGUAA